UUUGAGGGCGAAAGUAACUCUGUUGCCAUGAACGUUGAUCUGAAAACACCAAUCAUUGACACAUUGGUCAAGAGUGAGUUUGGUUAUGGUGAGAACUUCCUUUCAUCCAAGGUGGAAGCAGAGUACAGUAUUAUGAAAGAGGCCAAACAGACGGUCCACCAUUCUGCCCUUCUCAAGAAGGAAACCACAGAGGACCUCUCCAAGUACACCAUUGUCUUUGACGUCUCCCCAUCACAGUACCCUGAAAUGACAUUAGAUUAUAACCAGAACAUCGUCCUUUCAAAGGGACGCAUGGAAAACAACGUAAGCUUGUCCAUGGCCCUGCCACAUGGAACGUCAAUGAAGUGGUAUCCUACGCCAAUAACAAUGGUCACCGCGAUAUGAACAUCCACUGGACAGUCGCUUGCACACACUAUGAGAUCGAUACCUCUGGUUCCUUUGCACUGGAGUUCUCUCCAAAUCACCUGAAGGGUGACUAUCACUUCCAACUGUCUCCUGGGAGAGAACAGGUCAUCCUAGUGGAAUUCAGUCAUCAGUAUGACGUCGAAACACUCGGACGUAUCAACGUGCAGGCUGAGGACCUGAAGUCUUCCCUUGAAUUUGUUUUCAAUAAGAUCGCAGCUGGCCACUACAAAGCUCAGGUGUCUGGUGGCUUUAAUGAGAAAGAAAUGGCUUUGGAAGGAAACUUUAAGGAUAAUUCCAUGGCCGGUAAA